AUGGUUAAACUAAUCGAAAAAUCAUUGUUACUCCUUUUGUUUAUUGAAAUCAUAUUUGUUGAAAUAGUUUUUUCAAAAAAUUUCAAGGUUAUUCCAAAUAAUAAAGGGCUUAAACCUUCAAAAAACCUUCGUGCUUUUUACAGACAGCCAAAUUCCAAAUCUCAAGUUGGAGGGUAUCAUAAAGCUGAAGUUUAUUUUAAGACCAAAGUUCCAUCAUUAAAUCUUGAUCAAAGUGGAGUAACCGAUAUCGAUUGUUAUGAUGAUGAUAAAAUUACAUUCCAAAGACAUGAUGUUAAAAAAGUUCAUCAAUGGCCCGAUAAAGUUAUAUUAAUGAUUUCUCAUAAAUGGAAAUGUUUUGGCAAAUCCACAACACAAUUUUUUAUGGUAAAAGAUAAAAAGGUUGAUAUCAAGAAUAACAAAGUAAUUUUAUCCACGGAAAGAAGGAUCGACAUUCCAGACAUUGACAUAUCAAAUACGUUAAGUUUAAAUGUUUUAUUUGAUAAAUCGAAAGGGAAAACAUCAAAACCUGAUAUUCCACUUGGGGAAAUCUCGCGUACCAAAUUACUUUGCGCAAAUUGUUUUAUGAAUGGUGAAGCUACAGUUUCAUUGAGAAUUGCCGCCGAAUUUGGUUUUUUCUCUGGAUUUGAAUUGACUGAUGCAUCGAUUGCUCUUGAUGGAAAUGUUAAAUUAAACGUUGAUCUUGCCCUUGUUGUUUCAUCUGAAAUUGAAUCCGUUACAACCCUUGCCACUUUGCCGAUAGGAGGCAUUGGCGUACCAGGUUUAUUUAAUCUUGGACCUUCAAUAGAUCUAGUGGCUUCAACUAAAAUAACUGCCGGCGCAAAUGCAACGAUAAAUUUUGGUGGGGACAUAAAUUUACCUAAAUUUCAUGCAAAGGCCACAUUUGUUGAUUUUCCGCCAACCUUUGAACAAUCUGGUUUUAAUCCUGUUGUUAGUUUGCGUAAACCCAAGCUUGAUAUCGACGCUCAACCUAGAGUGUCAAUUUCCGGUGCAUUAAAACCACGAAUUGCCUUUGGUCUUAGCGUAUUAAACGAUAGGCUUGUGAGAAAGAAAGUUGGCAUUGAGUUAGUUGGACAACUUGACACUAGCAUUACACAUGGUAAAACGAGUAAUUGUGAUACAGAUUUAAAUGAACGUCUUGAAUCCUCUCUUAAUGGUAAUUUAGGUUUUUUCAUCGAAAAUGAUAACUUUCCUAUUUUCAACUUUCCUUCUAAAGGUUUAUUAAAUGAAUGCAUUUUAUAG